AUGGCGUUUAACGUGGAUUCUGUUCGACAAAAAUUUGAGGAUGGAUUUUGGAAGGUGUAUAAGUUUGUUGAGGAGCACAAUCUUGAACUUGUUGAACGUCCUGAUAAGCAUUUUCUUCCAACUGAACAACACCUCACUCAGCUCCAAAAGCAUGUUAUACACAGCAUGUCUAAGCUGAAUUUCGGUCCUGUCAAGGCGUUUAAUGUUAUGAAGACUUGUUUUGGCAGUUUUGAAGACGUGGGCGCAAGCAAAGUUGAAUUUAAGAACUAUAAGAGAUACUCUAUGGUGUUUGUACCGUUCACUGGUAUAGACAAUCAUCACUGCAAUGUUACAUUUGGUGCAGCAUUGUUGGCGUCGGAAACUGCUGAUACGUAUAUUUGGUUGUUAAGAGUUUUUCUUAAAGCUGUUGGUUCUCAACCAGAAGUUGUUGUCACUGACCAAGAUCCAGCGAUGAAGAAGGCUAUUUCUGCUGUAUUUGUUGACACGGGGCAUCAGUUAUGCAUGUGGCAUGUGAUGUAUAAACUUUCUCUGAAGGUUGGUGUUAGGCUAUGCAAUUCCACCAAUUUUAAAGAACGUAUCUGUGGUGUUGUGUGGACGGAUAUUCUCACACCUGAAGAGUUUGAAUCAGAAUGGGAAGCGGUUAUUGCAGAAUUCAAAUUAGAAGAUAAUGACUGGCUAUCUGAUAUUUUUUCACUUAGGAAAUCUUGGAUCCCUGCAUACUAUAGAAUGGAGCAUAUGUCUGGUCUUAUGCGAAUGACAUCCAGGUCAGAGAGUGAGAAUCAUUUUUUUGGUCAAGUGUGCAAUUCGAAAGCUACUCUUGUUGAGUUCAUGACGCAUUAUGAGACUGCAAUAGAAGCACAGCGUCACACACAUCCUGAGCUUAUUGGAGUUGCGGAUUGCAUAAAUCAACGUUAUGAAGAUCAGCCUGAUGGGUUUGUUAAGUUUUAUGUAAAUGACUUCCAACAGCUUUGUACAUCCUUAUUUGAGCUUGAUCCUGAUGUGCAAAGUAUGAUGCGAGAUAUUAUUUAUUCAACCGAAUACACUUUGAACCGUUUAUCUGGUAAUAAAGAGGAGCUAUCCUUAUACAAGGAUCAUGUUCAAUCUUAUAUGAAGAAUGUUCAAGAUAUGCAGAUUGUUGCUCCUCCCGCUAGUUCUAGGGAUAGAUUUGCCAAGAUAACUGGUCAAUAUAAAAAUGACAAGAAUCCGAUAAGAGUCCCUGUAGAUUAUAAAUCCAACAGUUCUGGUUCUCGGAAGCGCCUGAAAUCUAAACAGGAGAUAGCAAUCGACAAAAAGAAAUCAAAGUCGAAACCCGGGGCCAAAGAAAGAUAG